UAAAGAGGAGCCAUCGCCUCCCUUAAAUUCGUUGGUUACUUGAGGUUCAAAAUGUUUGGCAAAGUAAAUAUACUUUUACACGACCAUUUCUCUUGUUACCUACAUGAAUGAUGUGCAGAUUUCUUCAUGGUCACGACCCUUCUGCUAGACGGAAACCAUCAAGUUCCAUGAAAUGACGCUGACACCUCCUGCAGUCACCCCCAAAUAUCUGGGCGAACAACAGCGAUAAGUAGCCUAAUCAAACACUACAAAUCAUAAUUUGUCAUCACUUUCUUAUUUUGGCGGCGGUUGCGUGGCACUGACGUACAGCUGUAUCAGGAGGGGCAUUUAACUUUCAUCAUUAGUCAUUUCUAUCAACGGCAUCAGGAGGCAACUUCAGCAAGUCCGCAGCUGGACGCAGCGUAAAAAUCUACUAUUCUGGAGAAUUUCUAAAGUUAUAUCAACUGAUUAACUGCUACUUAAGGAUUAUUAUACGCGCUUUAGAUCUGAUAUUUUCUCAUACAAUGGGCGGAGUAUGCUUAUGUUAUGCAUGGACUUGCAGACCGCUUUGGCCAGUUUUUAUUAUCCUGGCUGCAAUACCUUGUUUCUUUCACUGCUCAGAGAGUCCUGCAGCAGUUGUUGGAAAAAUGUAUCCCCGCGGCAAUCACUGGGCAGUAGGUCAUUUAAUGGGGAAAAAGAGCAUUAAGAGCCAGCCUGAACUGCAGGAGGCACACACUGACAAGGACUACCUCACACCCUCAGAAUCAGUCAGGAUCUCUGAGCUGGACCGACAUCAGACACCUGUGGGGGCUCUGCAGCCUAAGAACCAAAAACACAUGAAUCCGCGAAGACUGCUUCAGUUCCACCGUAGCUGGAGAGAAGAGGAGAGAGCAGAAUAUCUCCAAGAGAUGUCAGAUCUGCUUCUUUUGGCUUUGAAGCUGCAAGACAACGGCUCCUCCUGAAUGCAAGACAAAACAUGUUUUAAAUAAACAGUUAUUGACUUUACCUUUUCUGUAAUCACAUAUGAACACUGUGUAUAUUUGCUGCUGUAAGAAUAUGCUGGAAAUGUGAAAAAGUUUAAUUUUGAGUCAUUUUAAAUUUCUACAUGCUCACCUCACAGUGUUUUGACUACUGAGUUAUCUGACAAGGUUGAGUUA